AUGGCUCCUGGUCGUAAGGGUCCUAAAACUAAUAAGCCCAAGCUGGCUCCUGAAAAGGAGAGAUUCGUUCAGUGUUGUGCUGAUAUUACAUUAGAGUUAACCGGUUCGCUUACAUCUGGUAAGACAUCAGAGAUUAAUUUGAACGGACUUAUCACAAAAUAUUCCAAGAAAUACAAGUUGAAACAACAGCCAAGACUUACAGAUGUCAUUAAUGCCAUUCCAGACCAGUAUAAAAAAUAUUUAUUACCUAAAUUAAAAGCUAAACCCGUGAGAACCGCUUCAGGUAUAGCUGUUAUCGCUGUCAUGUGCAAGCCACACAGAUGUCCACACAUCGCAUAUACGGGGAAUAUUUGUGUCUAUUGCCCAGGUGGUCCUGAUUCUGAUUUUGAAUAUUCUACUCAAUCUUAUACCGGUUAUGAACCAACAUCUAUGCGUGCCAUUAGAGCUCGUUACGAUCCGUAUGAACAAGCUCGUGGUCGUAUCGAACAAUUGAAACAAUUAGGUCACUCUAUUGAUAAAGUAGAAUAUAUCAUUAUGGGUGGUACUUUCAUGUCGUUACCAAAGGAUUAUCGUGAAGAUUUUGUGACUAAACUACACAAUGCACUUUCAGGCUACAAUGGUAAUGAUAUUGAUGAAGCUAUUCAAUAUUCACAGCAAAGUUUGACUAAAUGUGUUGGUAUUACCAUCGAGACACGUCCAGAUUAUUGUACUCAAACACAUCUAGACGAUCUUUUAAAAUACGGUUGUACAAGAUUAGAAAUUGGUGUUCAAUCCAUCUACGAGGAUGUCGCUAGAGAUACAAAUCGUGGUCAUACUGUAAGGGCAGUUUGUGAGACGUUCAGUGUCGCCAAAGAUUGUGGUUACAAAGUGGUCUCUCACAUGAUGCCUGACUUACCCAACGUUGGUAUGGAACGUGAUAUUGAACAAUUCAAGGAAUAUUUCGAAAAUCCUGCAUUCCGUACAGAUGGUUUGAAGAUUUAUCCCACUUUAGUGAUUAGAGGUACCGGUCUUUACGAACUUUGGAAAACUGGUAGGUAUAAGUCUUACAACGCUAAUGCAUUGGUGGAUCUCGUUGCAAGAAUCCUAGCACUUGUGCCACCUUGGACUAGAAUUUACAGAGUGCAAAGAGAUAUUCCAAUGCCAUUGGUUACUUCUGGUGUGGAUAAUGGUAAUUUAAGAGAAUUAGCUUUGGCGAGAAUGAAAGAUUUCGGUACUAAAUGUCGAGACGUGCGUACGAGAGAGGUCGGUAUCCAAGAAGUUCAUCAUAAAGUACAACCUGAUCAAGUAGAAUUAAUUCGUAGGGAUUAUUAUGCCAAUGGUGGCUGGGAAACAUUUUUGUCCUAUGAAGAUCCAAAGAAAGAUAUCUUAAUCGGAUUGCUACGAUUGCGUAAAGCCAGUAAGCGUUACACUUACCGUAAAGAGUUUACUUCACAAAGAACGUCGAUUGUUAGAGAAUUACACGUUUAUGGUAGUGUGGUACCACUACACUCUAGAGAUCCUCGUAAAUUUCAACAUCAAGGGUUUGGUACUUUAUUGAUGGAAGAAGCAGAACGUAUCGCUAGGGAAGAGCAUGGAUCUGAGAAAAUAUCAGUGAUCUCCGGUGUCGGUGUUAGGAACUACUACACCAAGUUGGGUUACGAUCUUGAUGGUCCAUACAUGUCGAAGCGUAUAAGCUGUGAUGACUAA